ACGUGACUACUAUUGCCGGUUACACUUCCUGUUGCUAAUUCAAUUCAUAAGUAGCUCGUUCUUUCUGCGUUUUCACCGGACUGUGAUUACACCUGGUCAGGGGAACGUUUUCUAUGUGAGUGCGCGGACGAAUCGUUGGUUUAACGCGCGCUAAUUGUAUUAGACUGCUUCGGAAGCUAAAGGGGUUAGCUAAGGUAAGCUAGCUAAUGUUAGUUGCUAACAUUGGCGAGCAGCAGUAUUAACCUGUGGUGACAGCUGUGACACGGACGUCUCUGAGCCCGUAGCUUCAGCUUCAGCUGUGUUUCACUGCAGUGGAACCCCAUCAGGUUUUCAGUUUGCUUAGAGCGAACAUUAUGGCCAAUCUGCUGUCAAUGCAAUGCGCUGCCUCUCUGAGCAGGUCCGGAGCUCUGGCUCCUCUGAGGAGGUCCGGAGCUCUGGCUCCUCUGAGGACUGCUGCUCUGAGCCACAAGCGAAACUACAGCAGCGAAAACGCGUCUUCAGACGAAUAUUUGCACCAAAGUGUGGUUCCGUCGAUGCACUAUCAGAAGAGUUUACCCAGGCUGCCCAUACCAAAACUGGAGGAUACUAUCAGGAGGUACUUAGCUGCCCAGAGACCUCUGCUGGACGAUGACCAGUUCAGGAAAACAGAGAAGCUUGCACAGGAUUUCCAAAGUGGUGUGGGGAAAACCCUGCAUGAGGAACUGGUAGGCCAGGAUAAAAACAAUAAGCACACAAGCUACAUCUCAGGACCAUGGUUUGACAUGUACCUCUCUGCACGAGACUCUGUGGUGCUGAACUUCAACCCCUUCAUGUCCUUCAAUCCUGACCCUAGGACAGAGUACAAUGAUCAGCUUGUACGGGCAACUAACAUGGUGUGUUCAGCAGUGCGCUUCAUGAAAACACUUCGAGCUGGAUUACUGGAGCCAGAGGUUUUCCAUCUAAACCCGGCAAAGAGUGACACAGACAGCUUCAAGAGGUUCAUCCGUUGGGUCCCGUCCUCUCUGUCUUGGUAUGGAGCAUACAUGGUGAAUGCUUAUCCCCUGGACAUGUCUCAGUACUUUCGCCUCUUCAACUCCACUCGGAUUCCAAAGCGUGGGCGAGAUGAGCUCUUCACUGAUGAGAAACGGAAACAUCUGCUCGUAAUGAGAAAAGGCAACAUGUAUGUGUUUGACGUUGUAGACAGGGAUGGGAACUUAGUGAAGCCUGCAGAGAUCCAGUCCCACCUGAAGCACAUUUUGUCUGACCCGACAGCAGCACCUGCCUUUCCUCUCGGGGUGCUGACCAGUGAGAACAGGGAUGUGUGGGCGGGGCUGAGGGACAAACUGGUAGCUGCUGGAAACGCAGAAGACUUACGGAUUGUUGACAGCUCUCUUUUCUGUCUCUGCCUGGAUGACGAGAGCAUGCGAGACCAUAUUCACACCUCGCACAACAUGCUUCACGGCGACGGAUGCAACCGGUGGUACGACAAGUCCUUCAGCAUCAUUCUCACCAAAGAUGGACAGGCAGCCAUUAAUUUUGAGCACUCCUGGGGCGACGGCGUAGCUGUGCUCCGCUUUCAGAAUGAGAUCUUCAAAGACACCACGGAGCAGCCGCUGGUGCACCCGGGCUCUGCUGCCGCUGCUGUGGAUUCAGCCUCCGCUGUGCGCAGGCUGCAGUUCAAACUGGACAACGAGCUGGAGAACGGCAUCAAGAAAGCAAAGGAGAACUUUGACUCAGCUGUGUCAAAACUCACCAUUGAUGCCAUGGAGUUCAAGAGGGGUGGGAAGGAACAGCUGAAGAAGAGCAAGUUGAGUCCAGAUGCUGUAGCCCAGCUGGCUUUUCAGAUGGGCUUCCUGAGGCAGUAUGGAGAGACAGUAGCCACGUAUGAGUCGUGCAGCACUGCAGCGUUCAAACAUGGCCGCACAGAGACAAUCCGACCAGCUACCAUACACACCAAACGAUGCUCACACGCUUUUGUCUGUCAGCCAGGACAACACAGUGUGGAGCAGCUGCGGGCCAUGCUCAACGAGUGCUCCAAAUACCACGGGCAGCUCACCAAGGAGGCAGCUAUGGGCCAAGGUUUUGACCGACACCUCUUUGCCCUUCGAUAUUUGGCCAACUCAAAGGGCCAAGACCUGCACGGCCUGUACACUGACUCCGCCUACGGCGCCAUCAACCACAACAUCCUCUCCACCAGCACCCUCACCAGUCCAGCUGUGAACCUCGGCGGCUUUGCCCCAGUGGUGCCUGAUGGGUUUGGCGUCGGCUACGGUGUCCACGACGACUGGAUCGGCUGUAAUGUGUCCAGCUACCCGGCUCGCAACGUCCACGAAUUCCUGCAGUGUGUCCAUAGGUCUUUAGAGGACAUUUUCACAGUCCUGGAGGGAAAACCACUCAGUUAAGAAACAAGCAUCU